CAGACCCCGAGGGCCACAACCCAACUCACCUACACUGCUCCCACUUCCGGCCGCGGCCAUCGUCUCUCCCCGCGCCGGCCGAACCGAUGGCGGCGGAAGCCAUGGACGUCGAGGCACCGGCUAGACCGCCGCCCACCGCCUCGGCCGCCAAGUUCCGCUCCCCGCACGACCUCCUCGCUGAGACCCGCGCCUCCAUAGAGAAGGUCGCCGCCCGGAUGCUGGCCAUCAAGAGGGACGGCACCCCCAAGUCAGAGCUCCGCGACCUCGUCACCCAGAUGUCGCUUCUCCUCAUCACGCUACGCCAAGUGAACAGGGAGAUACUGAUGGAGGAGGACAGGGUGAAGGGGGAGACGGAGGCCGCAAAGGCGCCGGUGGACUCCACGACGCUGCAGCUGCAUAACCUGCUGUACGAGAAGAACCACUAUGUGAAGGCCAUAAGGGGGUGCCUUGAUUUCCAGACGAAGUACCCGGGGAUAGAGCUCGUACCCGAGGAGGAGUUCCACCGUGCCGCACCAGCGGACAUCCGUGACAAGACCCUCGCUGCUGACGCAGCCCAUGAUCUCAUGCUCAAGCGCCUCAACUUCGAGCUCGUCCAGCGGAAAGAGUUGUGCAAGCUACAUGACAAAUUGGAAAAACAGAGGAGCAGCUUGCUGGACACAAUUGCAAAUCAGAAAAAGUUCCUUUCAAGCCUUCCAUCACAUUUGAAAUCACUGAAGAAAGCAUCAGUGCCAGUGCAGCAGCAGCUGGGCAUGCAGCAUACCAAGAAACUAAAGCAGCAACAUGCUGCUGAGUUGCUUCCAACUCCUCUUUAUAUAGCAUACACUCAGUUAUUAGGACAGAAAGAAGCAUUUGGAGAGAAUAUUGAAGUAGAGAUCACGGGAAGCACAAAGGAUGCCCAAAUAUUUGCUCAACAGCAAGUCAAGAAGAAAAAUGGCACCUUAUUAAAUGGCGACAACAACAGAAUUGAUGAUGAUGUAAUUGAUGAAGAAGAAGAUUCUCAGCGAAGAAGAUCAAGAUCCAAAAAGAAUGUGGUGAAGGAAGCUAAUAAUCCUGCAGUGGCAUAUCAGCUUCAUCCACUUAAAAUUAUUCUCCAUGUAUAUGAUACUGAAGAUUCUGGUACCAAAUGUUGUAAACUCAUCACCCUGAGGUUUGAAUACUUGGCGAAGUUGAAUGUUGUCUGUGUUGGAAUUGAAGAUUCAGAGGGUCUGGACAAUAAUAAUAUCUUGUGCAACCUAUUUCCAGAUGACACUGGUAUAGAGUUACCGCACCAGAUGGCUAAGAUUUACGCCGGGGAUGCUCCAAACUUCAGUGACAAGGAUUCACGGCCAUACAAAUGGGUACAACAUCUAGCUGGUAUCGACUUCUUGCCAGAAGUGCCUCCAUCUGUUGGCGAUGAUUCUAACAGAGCAUUGAACAGUGCUGACUUGUCAUCUGGGCUUGCUCUAUACCGUCAACAGAAUCGUGCACAGACUAUUUUGCAGAGAAUCCGCUCGAGGAAAGUUGCACAGAUGGCUCUUAUGUGGCAACUUGAUUAUUUGACAAAGCUGAAGUGGCCUCGAAUAGAACAUAAGAAUACACCAUGGGCAUCACGCACCCCAUUGUGUAGUCUGCAUAGUUGGUCAUUGACAGGUUCUUUUCCUGAGCCAUCGCCUCGUUCUAGUUUGAUGAUGAGUGGGGCUGCAAGCAGUGUUGACAAUGAUAUAGAAAGAAGAUAUGUGACACACUGGGAAGAAACUGGUACCAGGGAGGAUGGGGAGCUUCCGGUUGUCAUUCUUGCUGAGAACGAGCCAAAUGGUUCUGGUUCUACAAUGUUGCUACCGGAGGUGUCACCUGAGGUUCGGAGCCAUUAUAGAGGCUUAUCGCUAAUAUCAAAGAGUGCAACACCAUCUAAGCUAAGCAUCUCACUCAGUUUUGGUAGAAAUGAGAAUGAUCUUGAUCUCUUGAUGUAUAGUGACAGCGAGUUGGAGGACCAGCCGUGCACACAUGAAGAAACUGAAAAAGGUAGCCUCACUAAAAACAAAUCCUGGGAGGACUAUGCUUCCAGGGAGUUUACUAUGGUCUUGAGUAAAACUCUGAAGAAUGGUCCAAAAGUUAUGCUGGAAGCCAAGGUUAACAUAAGCAUGGAAUAUCCUCUUAGGCCUCCCCUUUUCAUAUUACGUUUGCUCUCUGAAAAGUCUGAAACUUCAAAAUGGCACAAUGACCUUCGUGCAAUGGAAGCAGAGGUGAAUCUUCACAUCCUUCGAAGUCUACCUUCGUCAUGUGAGGAUGAUAUACUGACUCACCAAGUUAUGUGCCUGGCUAUGCUGUUUGAUAUGCAUUUUGAUGAGGAUUAUAAGAAAAGAAAAGUUACUUCGGUGAUUGAUGUUGGCCUCUGCAAACCUGUUAGUGGAACUAUGCUUACUAGAUCAGUUAGGGGAAGAGACCGUAGGCAGACUAUUUAUUGGAGUGGUGCUGAUCGCCCUUCCAGUUAUUUGUAGAGCAUGCGUAAUCUCGUUUGCUCCCGAUUGAGUUGGGCUUUGGUUGUCAUUUGGAGGAAAUUGAGCUGGUGAUACUGCCCUUCCCAUUCUGUUCUGGCACUGAGAGCUGCUUACAACAUCAGAGCUGGCACAGAUACCUGGUGACGCCUACUGUCCUGACAACAAUAGCUCAUAAGCCUGUCCAUGUUGACUGGAGAAAUACUCAGCUGUGUUGCUGGUUAUUUUACUAUUCUGACCUGCGAGAUGUUGUGAAUUACCACAAGGAUGACUGCGUGAAUUUUAUGUCGUUGAGCUUAUCUACCCGCAGGGAGCCUUUCUGUUGGAUAA